AUGCCAUCAAUCUCUUCUCUCUUCAAAUCAAUCAUAAAACGUUCUCCAGCAUCACCACCACCAGCAACACCUUCCGCUCCCUCAACACCAGCAACACCCUCCACCUCCUCGACUACCACCAAACCACCCACCAAACCGUCACACAAAUCCUCCCCCUCUCUCCCUCCAACCCAGUCCCACCCUCGCAGGCUCCGUUCCCUCAAGCGUGCAGCUUCACAGCGCCAUCUCCGACCGCAAGAAGGGGGAAAAGAGAGUUUGGCCUUACCUGCUGAUGCGCUCGCGACGUUACCCCGCAGACCGACUACGGCAGAUGCGAAAGGCUUAGGGAGGAGUGUGACUGCUUCUGCGGCUCCCGUCACGAGUGUGAAGGACGAACCAAAUGCAGGAGCGAGCGUUGGUAGACGAGGGAGUAUAAAGCGAUGGGGGACGGUAUCCCUCAAGCCUGUCGCCCCGUCCCAUUCUCGCAGAGGGAAAAGCGACGACUUUCUUAAUUCUCUAGGUACAGGUACUAGAACACUCAAGCUCUCUCCUUCCCCUGCUCCUUCUCCCUCAGCGUCCGCAGUCGCAACUCCUCUAUCUUUGUUUCCAGGAAGCUCAGGAUUCCCUUCACCUGUAGCGGCUCCAUCUCCCUCGCUGGCUCCUUCACCCGUACCUCCUUCACCCUUGAUAGUCGCCCAGUCAUCACCGACCGCGCCGUCCUUCUCUACCGCUCUUACCUCACCGGACGACGUCGUCAGCUCCAGCAACACCAACGGCAACAUCUUCACCCUACCCCCAGCGGGCUCUACACUCCUCGCACCCCCCUCUCCAGGCUUCCCAUUCGGGUUCAGCACCGAACCCUCUUCGGCAGGGACGGAGAGCACCUUCCCCCUGUCUGCUUCUUCCGAGGGCACAGAAGCGCCUAGUACGCGUUCGCCUACUCCGACGCCUAGUGUCCCACCAGAGCUGAGCCUGCCUCUCCUUAUGGCAGCCAACUCUGCCACAACUACGACAACACCAACUUCCGCCAUCCCUUCUCUCAUCUUCACCCCUACCUCCUCCGUCUCUACCUCCUCGACCCUGAACACCCCUCCCACCCGUUCUCAGUCGUACAAGCCCCGCCCAUCUUACAAGGAGGAGAUACCCACCUUUGCAGGCUUGUCACCGGGAAAUACCUUCCCCGGGCUGCACGCAUCCGGGUUGCCGGGUCCGUACCUCUCUACUCCUUCCCAAGGGCGGGGGUCCUCCGACGCCUACUCCGGAUAUGCCGGGCUCUCGCCAUCGCUGUACGCACAAGCCCACGGUCACCCCCACCCCCACUUCUACAGCUCAGGACGUCUUUCCCCAUCUUCCAACUCCUCCCACUCUAGGCUCUCACCCACCGACCCCCCCACCCCGGCGACAAGUUUCCCAGACCUGCCCCCCAGACCCGAGAAUCGGAAUUCGAAGCUGAGCGUUCUGAGCUGGGCGGGGAAGAUCGAGGUUUAUGUACCUGUUGCUAGGGAUGGGGAGGGGUUGGCCGUCUGAUCGGUUGGGGUUGAGGGAGCGAUGUGAGUUGGUGGACGAUAGGCUGGGAGGAGAAAUGCAUCGGGGAACUGUGCGAGUACAGACACCAGUACGGACAAAUCCGUCCCCGGGUACAAGCACAGGGAUACCGGGCAGGCUGAGCCUUCCCCUCUGAGUGACCGCCUUCCUCGGGGUGGACGCAGUAUAUUUCGUUCUUUUGGCUAGACGCCUCAGCGCCGUGCGCUCUUUCCCAUUCGCAUCUGUGGUCUCACGCACGGCUAUCUUCAGCUGUACCACUUUUACUCCUUUCAUCUUUUCAUCCUUUCGUCUUUCAUCCUUCGUACAUUCGCAUUCACGCAUCCGCGCAUCUCUAGCCUCGCAUGUGUGCGCGCUCCUACCCGGCCGGUUCAGGAUACGAACGCUCAGAUACCAAAAACACGGACGAUCUAGACGUAUUUAAGUUCUUAAAUCAUUGUAGC